AUGAUAAGAAAUAUUUUAGGAAAAAUAGCUGUUAUCAUUUGUAUAAUAAAGAUUUAACUAUUUAAUUGCUUAGAAGUAAUUAAGGAAAUAGAUGAGCAUAUUAAAUAUUAUGAAUCUAGUGAAGCUAAAGAAAAGCUUUUAGAGUUAUUCAAAUAUAACUGCACUUAAAGCAAUUUAGGAGAAUUAAUAAAUUAAUAUGCUAAUUUGAUUUAUUAUGGAUAAAAUGAUGAUAACAAUUCCUUAAAAUUAUCAUAUUAUUUUUAUAAGUUGGCUGCAUAUUAUGGGUAAUAAGAUGCCCUCUUUAUGACUAGCUUAUUCAGCAACUUUAGAUUGGAUGGUAGCUAUAAUAUUCUCUAAAACUUAGAUAGAUUACUUGAAAAAGCUAAGAAUACUAUUUCUGAUAUCAACAAUUAAACUAGUUCUUAUAGUUUAGACAAUUUAUCUUAACUAGAACUAUUGUCAAUAUACUAAUAUGUCUCUGAAAAGAGAAAUUCUUCUUCAGUUCUUGAUUUAUAUUUAUCAUCACAGCAAUAGAACUUCUUUUCUAAGCUAGCUUUAGCUCAUAAAUAUAUGCAUGGAAGAGGAGUUAAUAUUGAUUGUCGUACAGCUUCUCUUUACUUCAAAGACCUAGGAAAAGAUUAAUAUCUAGAUUCUGAUUAAGUUCCAAAUUUAAGUAAAAUUAUAAGGCUAGACCUUUAGAUUUACAGCAUGACUUCGAAUUUAUUUAGCUUUAAUCUUAACUCAGAUAAGAUAAAAAUACUUGAGACUUUCAAACAUAUUAGCUUAAAUUAUCAAAGCAGUAAUUUAGGAGAAUUACUUAAUUUAGCAGAAUCUUAUUUUUAUGGCAUAAAUGGAGUAAGAAGGGACUUUAAUAAAUCGUUUGAGAUUUAUUAAUCUAUAUAUAGUAAAAAGAAUAUAAGUUAGAAUAUAAACACCUUCAAAGCAGGAGCAAUGCUAGGAUACCAUUAUAUGAGAGGUUAUGGGGUUAAAAAAGAUUAUUAAAUGUCAUUUAGCAUAUUUUAGUCCUUGUCUGACUAAGGGGAUACUAUAUCUCUAAAUGGAUUAGGUUAUUUAUACUACAAUGGAUAUGGAGUGAAGAAAGAUUAGAGAAAAGCAAUCUCUUUAUUUAAAAAAUCAGCAAGCUUGAAAGAUGUAAAUGGAAUGUACAACUAUGGUGUUAUUCAUAUGCUUCCUUCUACCGAUAUCCACCUAAGAGACAAAUAAAUAGCUCACCAAUACCUAAAUUUGGCAUCAGAAAAAGGCCAUGCUUUAGCAUAAUAUGCUUUAGGUUUACUUUAUCUAGAUGGCGUCGAUUUUUAUUAAUCUUGUGAGCUUUCCACACUUUUGAUGAGCAGGAGCAUGUCAAGAAGUGCUUCAAGUCACUUUUAAAACUCAGCUAAUUAUUUGUAUUCACUCAAUAACUAUAGACAAUCCCAUUUAAACUAUUUGAUAUCAGGCUAUUUAGGAGAUGAUGUUUCAUUACAAAAUGCAGCAAUAUUAGCAGAUAAAUACUCUGGGAUUUACACUUACAAUGAUAUAAAUUUUUAUGAUUUAGAAAAUGAAUUGAAAUAAGAUCCUAUUUACAAUCUACUAGUAGAAAAGAAAUUUAUAGAAAUUGAUUUCCAUGAGUUAUUAUUUGAAGAUAUUUUGUAAAUGGUGAAAAAUAAAACAACUUUGAAUAAUUUACUUAAAAUCGAAAAAAAUUCUUCCAAAAAUUCUAUAAGUGGAUAUGUUUCAUAUUAGCUUCUAAAGACUUCAAUAAGUUAAAGUGGAUAUAGUAAUUUAAGAUUAGGUGACUAUUUUUAUUAUGGAAUUAAUGUUAAACAAAGCUAUUCAAAAGCAUAUUAAUACUACAAAUUAGCUGCUGAAAAAAAAGACUCAAACAUUAUUGAUUAGGUAAGCUAUAUUUAAGCAUAGGGUUACUUCAAUUUAGCUUAUAUGGAGCAGCUAGGCCAAGGUGUUCCUUAAAAUUAUUAACUUGCUUAUAUGCAUCUUAAUUAAAGUCUAUCUUUAACAAAUGACAAUUUUUUGGCUAACGUUCUACUUAGAAUAAAUUUCCUAGAAGAUAUUCUUAAAAUACAUGAUCCUGAUACUUAAAAGAAAAUUAUAAAUUAGCUGUCAGUUUUUUUCAAAUAGCUUUUCAAUGAUUAUAAAUCUCUCUUUAAAGUCCUCUCUUGCAUACCAUUUAUUCUAAUGAUCAUAUAUUUGUAUGGUAAGAGGUUGAGAAUCAAACAUGAGCAUAACGUGUGA